AAACCCGACGAGGUUGCCUCGUUUCUGAGAGGCUUGACCGAGAACCCAGGAAAAGGAGGGCGAAGGAAAAGGAAAGAACACAUCUAAAAGGAAUACGCCGGAGGGGGGACGGGGUGGACUGUGUGAAUAGGUUCUUUGCUCCGGAGAAAGACAAAAGACGAGUUCCUGCCCGAAGAGUAAAAAACGCCAGUUAUCCAAAGGGCAGUUUCCGAAGCUCUUUUUUUGUUUUUUGUUUUUUUUUGUUUUGUUUGUUUGUUUGUUUGUUUGUUUGUUUGUUUCUUUGAGUUCAAACCUCCCUGUUGGUGUUCCUAUUUCUGAAUUUGGUGGUUUGGUGACCCAGUACCCAUGAGCCUUUGCAACUAGGGCUCUUCUGACCUUGGUGUGACCUCUCACCUCUCCUUCCAAGCCACGCCCACAGGUGAAGUGUGUAUGGAGCAGUGUGAAAGUGCCGCGGCUCUGCUGGAGUCGGUCAGGGAGCAGGAGGUGCAGUUUGAGCAGCUCACCCGGGCGCUGGAGGAGGAGAGGAGGAGAGUGGGCCUCCCUGCCACCAGCCCCUCAGCUCUGGGCCUCCCUUUCCCCCACACACAGAAUGGUUGUUUAGGAGAUGCAGAUAUACAACAACUGAAACUGACUGACGGAUACAUAAACGGGACACAGUACAGGAUGGUGGACCCUGCCCACGGCACUCUCGAUGAGAGCUACACACCAGAGGAUGACUCCCAUGAAGCACACUCUGUCUUCUCUGAAGAAGGAACCACCCGGCGGCCAAACAAUGGGAUGAAAAAACCAGUGGCGUCACGCACAGUCCUACCCUCUGACUCCCUCUCCAUUGAUGGGGGUUUGUCAGUGUCUGGUAUGGGUGGCUACAGUGCAACACUGGACCGUCCCUAUCGGCAGGCGGUCGGAGGGGACUACCCCACCGCCACAGUGCCAAGGAAUUACCACUACGGCCCAGCUGGUGGUUAUGAUGACUACAGGGGAGGUCCGCCAUCAGAGACCUACCCCAGCCUGAGUAGAGGCACGCGCAUGGACGAACGAUACAGGCCAGUGGAUGGCUACAGGACCCUGGACUCUGGCUACAGGGCACCCAGCCGUCAGCAGAUUGACCCCUAUGCAGCGCAGCCCCAGGUGGGCCGGGGGAUGAGGGCCAUGGGCUCAGCCAUGGAGAUGCGAUACGGGCACGGCCACUAUGGCCUGGAGGAUGACCAGCGCAGUCUGGGAUAUGAUGACAUUGACUACGGUAUGGGACCUCCCCCCAUGCAUCCUGGGGGCUACGGUACCAUGCCACGCUUGGGGGCUGGCCCAGGGGGAAUGGACAGACGCAGACUCAGGAGCUGUGAGGACACUUUGGAUGGUGAUAUGGGAGGAGUCGAUCCAUAUACCUGGGGUGUUCCCAUGACAAUGGUGGAGAGGGGAAGCAUGGCCUCAUUGGAUAGCACAUUAAGGAAGGGCCCUCCUACUUCCUGGAGACAGCCAGAGUUGCCAGAAGUGAUUGCAAUGUUGAACUACCGCCUGGACCCUGUCAAGACCAAUGCUGCAGCCUUCCUACAGCAUCUGACCUUUAAAAAUGACAAGGUCAAAUCAGAAGUGCGUCGUCUGAAGGGCAUUCCAUCCUUGGUCUCCCUGCUAGACCACCCAAAGAAAGAGGUCCAUCAUUCGGCCUGUGGUGCACUUAAGAACAUCUCCUAUGGACGAGACCAAGACAACAAGAUUGCCAUCAAGAAUUGUGAUGGAGUACCAGCACUGGUCCGGUUACUGAGGAAGACCCAUGACCAGGACCUCACUGAUACCAUCACAGGUACCCUGUGGAAUCUGUCAUCCCAUGACUCUGUAAAGAUGGAGAUUGUGGACCAUGCACUACACGCCCUGGCUGAUGAGGUGAUGGUGCCCCACUCCGGUUGGGAAAGAGGGAAUGACGGUGGAGAGGAGAGUUGCAAACCACGCCACCUGGAGUGGGAGACUGCCCUAACUAACACUGCUGGCUGCCUUAGAAAUGUGAGUUCAGAGCGCAGCGAGGCAAGGCGGAAGCUUAGAGAAUGUACAGGAUUGGUUGAUUCCCUCAUGUACAUUGUCCAAUCACAGAUCAACCGCAAAGAUGUGGACAACAAGUUGGUAGAAAACAGUGUCUGCCUGCUGAGGAAUCUGUCCUACCAGGUUCACCGUGAGGUGCCCGGCUGUGAACGCUAUGCGGAGGCCGCACCUCUCAACCAGGGCCCUGCCCCCAACUCCAACAAAGGUGGCUGCUUUGGUUCACGAAAAGGCAAAGAUGAGUGGUUUUCUAAAGCAAAAAAAGAUGGAGAUGAUGGGAGCACUGACCAAGUUGACAUUCCAAAGAGGACAACACCUGCUAAAGGUUACGAGCUCCUAUUCCAGCCGGAGGUGGUGCGUGUAUACACAUCUCUGCUCAGAGAGUGCCAGAACCCUUCAGUUCUGGAGGCUGCUGCCGGGGCUGUCCAGAACCUGUGUGCUGGCCGAUGGACGUAUGGUCGCUACAUCCGGGCCACAGUGCGUCUUGAGAAGGGUCUGCCCAUGAUGGCGGAGCUGUUGGCCCACGGCAAUGACCGUGUAGUCCGGGCCAUGUCCGGAGCCCUGAGGAAUCUUGCCAUAGACAACCGCAACAAAGAACUGCUUGGGAAGCAUGCAGUGCCCCACCUAGUGGCCAAUCUUCCUGGAGGCCAGGGCCAGUCUGGGCGAGCACUGUCAGAGGAGACGUUGGUGUCUGUCCUGAGCACACUUGCUGAGGUGCUUGGGAGCAACUUGGAGGCAGCAAAGACCCUCCGAGCCUCGCAGGGCAUUGAGAGACUGGUGCUCAUAAACAAGGACAGCAAAAGUUCAGAACGUGAGGUGCGUGGAGCAGGCCAGGUGUUGCAGCUUGUCUGGGCCCACAAGGAGCUGCGCCGGCCUUUGGAAAAGGACGGCUGGAAAAAGACAGACUUCAUGGUCAACCUAAGCCCCAGCACCACAAACGGACCAACCAGCCGAGCUAACGGCAGUUAUGAAGAUAGCACCCUGCCGCUGCUGGACAGAGGGGAGAAGCGGGACAUGAUUCCACUAAAUGACCUAGGCCCUGAAGCCUACACUACACUGGACCAGAGGGAGAGGAGACACACGUUGGAUGACACCACAGAUACUAUGCCGCGAGGGGUGUAUGGGGGCAGGAAGGGCUCCCUGCCCCUUCUGGACUCCUACGAUGGUUAGCCCCUCCCCUCUACUCUCCCCCUCUGCAUGUAACAGCAUGAAAAACUGAUAGUGUGCAUCACCCGGCGCGGGCCCUCCCUGCCCUACCACUGCUACUGAGGAGAGAGGAUCGGAAACCUGGACGGAAACACACACACCUUUUCGAUCUCUCUCGGUCUCUGUCAGAAGAAAGUCGGCAUCCAAAGAAAACGAUUGUGUUGUAGUCAUAAAGUGAUGUACAACACACAUAGACAUGUAAAAACACUUUUUACAAACUCAUGGUAGCAUCAGAAACUUUUUUUUUAAAUUGUUUCUUCUCUGAAGGCAAUCACCUUUGUUGACAAUCAUUCUUUCCUUUUUUCUCCCCCCCCCAUCAUGUUAUCCUGUUUUUGUUGUCUUUCCUCAUCGAUCAGUGGUGUCACCAUAAAUCAUGUCGCUGCCAACAUAACAUGAAUUAGUACAUAGACUUCUUUGUAGGGCUUAAAGUGUAUAUAAGAGAACAUGGGAUGACCUUUUUCUUCUUUUUUUUUAACUUUGUGUUCCUUAAUUUAAAUUGUCCCUGUACUGGGACCGGUAUGUUGGGAGAUGGAGUCAGAUAGGGCUGCCCUCUGGUUUCAGGAGGUUUGUUUGUACAGGAGUUACGUUUGUCUCGUUGGAGAUGGGCACAGAUGUAUGCGGGCAGGGGCAGGUGUAUGUAUAUUUCUUGUACAUUCAACCUGAGUGUGUAUGUGUGCAUGCGUGUGCGUUUUAAACAGAAGAGAAGAGAGAUGGACUAUGGACCUUGGAGUGACUGUGUGUGUGGGAGUGACUGUAUAUUAAGGACCGGACCUGUAAGACUCACACUUGUUUUGUUUUUUUUGUUUCUGUAAUUCAUUCAUUGUGUGUGUGUUUUUUUUUUCUUCUCUCUCUCCUGUGACAGUUUUGUUUGUUAGUUACGAUGCACACACUGCCUCUUUAAUGUUUUUACAACCUUAAUUCGCAAUCGUCUUUAUUUUUAUUUCUUUCCCUCCCACCCUGAGUGAAAGAAACGACGGGGGGAAGUUUUUAUUCUCCCCUGUCUGGAUAUGUGUUUAGGCGACCCAGCCCUCCGGUUGGCGGGUGAAGACAUGGACUCUGUUGCAGAAAUGUGGGUGCCAGAAACUGGAAAUGUUGAGCAGCACCACGUUGGGAGAAAUGCACCAGUAAACCACUUAGAAAUAGAGGCUGGGUUUGGACGCGGCGUGUGGGGGAGGGUUUGGACUCGGUGCUUUAAGACGGUGACGGACUCUUGACAAGACGGUUCGGUGCGCCCCGUGCGUCCUCCACCGAUUUCCCUAACCGAUGCUGAACAUCUCAACUGCGUUUGGUUUUAGAAAAACAAAAAAUGCUUGCUUAGUGGCGGGGGUUUUUCUUGCCCCGUAGCUUGCCAUAUGUGCACAUCUGAAAGUUUCAAAACCAGUCUCCAGUCAUGUCGCUGGAUUUCUGUUCCAAAGUAAACGUGACACCAUUAGGUGUAGCGCUUGGCUUGGGGACUCUUCUUCUCUCGGCUUGUUCCCUGUUUCCCAGGGGUCGCCACAGCGGAUUUGAUGUGUCCAUUGGUACCCUGUGAGGGCACAGAGACUAACGGGUUUUAGAUAAGGUUGUCGCCAGUACUAGCGGAGGGAUCCCCCCCCCCCCCAACUCAGAGGAGACUCGAGUUUGAACGAACAGACGGGGAGACGAUAAAACGAGUGUCAAGGGGAGGGAAACAAGAAGCACAGGUUGGUUUAUGUGGACCAUUUUGUUUUCUUUUUCUGAUUGUUACUUUUUCACUUUGUGUCUAUUUUUUUUUAAUUAUUAUUCUUAUUCGGGUGUUUAUGUAUGGGAGUUGUGUCUUAGAGCAUUAUGCAAUCUGUUCUUUUAAUAAAAAAAAUCCCAGUUUUACCACUCAUUUGUUUUAAACGCAAGAGACCAAUCAUCCUUUUUUUAAUUUUUAUUUUCCGCACAUACGUUAUCUUUAAUGUUGCCUAGCCGUGUAAAAUUAUGAUUUAACGGUCAUACCUGCCUUGGCUCUGAUUUUUUUUUUUUUUCAGUACAAGUAUGUAACUGGCAAUACUGUUUUUAUAAAUAAAGAAUGUUUCUUAGACAAGA